GUCCCUGGAGGUGUUUCGGGGCCACACGUGCCCCUGUGUUAACUCUGGUCACUAACCACAGUUUUACUACAUUCUCUGUGUGAGAACAGCUUGUCCAAGUGUGACGGAAUUUGGUACGGACAUUCUUUAGCACAGGUUGCUGGUAGUGUUAGAAUCUAGUUGCACAUGGAGCCUGCACACCUGCUCAAAUGUGAUGUGACUUGCUAAGGACAUUCACUAGCACAGGUUAUUGGAGUAUGGAGACUGUCUGUCUGUGUUUGCAGCAUUACCCUUUUCAAACGUGCACACGCUGUGCACAGGACCUGCAGUCUCGACAGGAUGUGGAGUGUCUCUGACAGGCUUGUCUCUCUCCAGGGACUCCGAAGGGGAUGCAGUUCAGCGAUGUGAAGGAGACUCUGCUGUGUCUCCGGGGAGUGAGAGCCCUGCACAGCCUGCACAUCUGGGCUCUGACCAUCAACCAGGCCGUGCUCUCUGUGCACAUCGCCAUCAAAGAGGGUGUGGACGGGCAGGCAGUGCUGAAGGAGGCCAAUGAGGUGCUGCAGAGCAAGUUUGACUUCCACACGACCACCAUCCAGAUCGAGAACUACUCCGAGGACAUGCAGGACUGCCAGGAGUGUCAGGACCCCCGCGACUGAGAAAGGGCCCCCCUGCAACCCACCCCAGGACCCUCAUUACUGAGGGAGCCGCCUCUGCAAGCCGGCCAUGCUGUUCAUAACGAUACGACUCUACUGAACAUCCCAUUCGUUUGUCUUUAGGUGGGAGCCGGACCGUCGCAGUGGGAUCAUCUGCAGCGUUUGGCCAGUUUGGUCAAAUAGCUGUUUUGUAUAUUUUUUUAUUUUGUUUUUGUUAUCCAAGUGGGGAUUUGCAAAUUUCU